UUCGACAUGGUUCUUUCCAAACAUGGUGGCAGAAACAGCAUGUUGAAGGAGGCUCCGGCGUGGAUAAACAACAGCCAAACCGGACGGAUUUAACCUUCACUUAUCCUCACAGCCGGUCCCAGCUCGGGUUUUACGGCUCUUCAGGUCCGACCCGUCGAAGAAAACUGUCAAUCAUAAAGCAGCAAAAUGCCUCAUCGAAAGAAGAAGUCGUUCAUUGAGAAGAAGAAGGCCGUGACCUUUCACCUGGUCCACAGGAGUCAGAGGGAUCCGCUGGCUGCAGAUGAGAAAGCCCCGCAGCACGUCCUCCUGCCUGCCACCAAGGUUGACGUGGAGAAGAGGCAAGAGGAGCAGAGGAAGUUUGGCGUGUUCUACGACGACGACUACGACUACCUGCAGCACCUGAAAGAGGCGUCCGGCCCGUCGGAGCUGCUCGCCGCCGGCCCCUCGUACCCGGACAGACAGCCGAUUCACCCCCGAGAGGAAGAGGAAGAUGAAGAUGAAGAGGACGCGGAGGAGAGCACGGCUCCUGCGACCUCCAUCAAGCUGCCGUCGUCGGUGUUCGCCUCAGAGUUCGAGGAGGAGGUGGGACUCCUGAACAAGGCUGCUCCCGUGUCAGGACCCCGACUGGACAUGGACCCAGACAUCGUUGCCGCCCUCGAUGAAGAUUUUGACUUCGACGACCCCGAAAACCUCCUGGAGGACGACUUCAUGGUCAAAGCAAACUGCGCCUUUGGAGCCAAGGACGCACAAGGCGAUGAUGAAGAUGAGGAUGAGUGGGAGGACACCGACGAGGACGGCGACCUCGACUCUGAGGGGGGGUUUUCGGGCAGCGGUGACCUGCAGGGGCCCGACCGGGAGUUCCUGUUCGACGACGAGGAGACCAAGAGCCGCUUCACGGAGUACUCCAUGACGUCCUCCGUGAUGAGGCGCAACGAGCAGCUCACGCUGCUGGACGACCGCUUCGAAAAGUUUUACGAGCAGUUCGACGACGACGAGAUCGGCGCUCUGGACAACGCCGAGCUGGAGGGCUUCAUCGAGCCCGACAGCGCCCGACUGGAGGAGGUCAUCAAGGACUACUUCAGGCAGAAAGAGAGAGAAGCUCUGAGACCUGAAGACCUGGGCCCGAAAGAGCUUCCUGUGGUGAAGGAGGAGGAAGACGAGGAGGAGGAGGAGGAGGAGAUGGAGACCGUCGUCAUUGAAGCCCCAGAAGAGAAGUGGGACUGUGAGACCAUCAUCAGCACAUAUUCCAACAUAUACAACAGACCCAAAGUCAUUGAAGAGCCGUCAAAGCCGAAGGCGAUCCGAGUGUCGAGUAAGACGGGCAUCCCGCUGGACGUCCUGCCCGACAGAGGCCCCACGGCCAAGCAGGCGGAGCGCAUGGCGAGGAUCAACGACUCGGACCUGCCGCGCGUCUCCACGCAGCCCCGGAGCAGGGAGGAGAGCAAGGAGGAGCGGAGGGCCCGGAAGCAGGCCGUCAAGGAGGAGCGCAAGGAGAGGAGGGUGGAGAAAAAAGCCAACAAGAUGGCGUUCAAGGAAGAAAAGGUGCGACAGGAAAAGCAAAUGUUGAACCUCAGAACGAACAUUCAAGGCCUGAAGCUCUGAAGAGCGACCGGCGGCUCGCCGUUCCACACAGACUUUUACAGCGGAGGAACGAGGAAGAGAAGCGUUUCCUCCAUCGACUCGGGUCCGGUCUCAGCUGCUGUGGUUCCCGAGUAGGAUUCCUCCUCUUAUCAGAUCCUCAAUUCAAAUCAGAGUAUUUAUUUCCCUUAUGCAACUGGUCCUGCCAAAGUUCGAUCUGGAGUUUUAUUGGCUCUCAUAGUGUGCGAUUGCUCCGAUUAAUGUUUAAUCCUGGAUAAGAAACAGCUUUUUAUGGAUCCAGCUCAAUACGCCUCCGGACUGAGCCAAGAGGAAAGGCUUUUCACAGCUCCCUUUUAAUUCUACAGAGCAUCUCGUGAUGCCCUGCUGCCAUUUAAAAUAAGCAGCGUUGUUAAUGUUCCUUUAUUAAAAAAAUAUGAACAA